GUAAAGGAAAAAAUGCCUGCUACACAGAAGCCGAUGAGAUAUGGGCACACAGAGGGACACACAGAUGUCUGUUUUGAUGAUUCUGGGAGUUGUAUUGUAACCUGUGGAAGUGAUGGUGAUGUGAGGAUUUGGGAAGACUUGGAUGAUGAUGAUCCUAAGUCCAUUAAUGUUGGAGAAAAAGCAUAUUCAUGUGCUUUGAAGAAUGGGAAAUUGGUCACUGCAGUAUCUAACAAUACUGUUCAAGUGCACACGUUUCCUGAAGGAGUUCCAGAUGGUAUAUUGACUCGCUUCACCACAAAUGCAAACCAUGUGGUCUUUAAUGGGGAUGGUGCAAAAAUUGCUGCUGGAUCUAGUGAUUUUCUAGUCAAAGUUGUGGAUGUGGUGGAUUGCAGCCAACAGAAAACAUUUCGAGGACACGAUGCCCCUGUUUUAAGUCUUUCCUUUGACCCUAAGGACAUCUUUCUGGCAUCAGCUAGUUGUGAUGGAUCUGUCAAGGUGUGGCAAAUUUCAGAUCAGACAUGUGCUAUCAGUUGGCCACUGCUGCAAAAAUGCAAUGAUGUGAUAAAUGCAAAAUCAAUCUGCAGACUUGCUUGGCAGCCAAAAAGUGGGAAGUUACUAGCAGUUCCUGUGGAAAAAUCUGUUAAGCUAUAUAGAAGAGAAACUUGGAGUAAUCAAUUUGAUCUUUCAGAUAAUUUCAUCUCUCAGACCCUAAAUAUAGUAACCUGGUCUCCUUGUGGACAAUAUUUAGCUGCAGGGAGUAUUAAUGGUUUAAUUAUAGUUUGGAAUGUGGAAACCAAAGAUUGCAUGGAAAGGGUGAAACAUGAGAAAGGUUAUGCAAUUUGUGGCCUGUCAUGGCAUCCUACUUGUGGUCAAAUAGCUUAUACUGAUGCAGAAGGAAAUCUGGGAGUCCUGGAGAAUGUUUGUGACCCCAGUGGAAAGAUGUCAAGCAGUAAGGUAUCUAGCAGAGUAGAAAAGGUUUAUAAUGAUCUUUUUGAUGGAGAAGAUACAAGUAGUGCUGGUGAUUUUCUAAAUGACAAUGCAGUCGAAACCCGCUCUUUUUCGAAAGGGAUUAUAAAUGAUGAGGAAGAUGAUGAUGACCUCAUGCUGGCUUCAGGUCGUCCUAGACAGCGAAGUCAUAUCCUAGAAGAUGAUGAAAACUCAGUUGAUGUUACAAUGAUAAAAACUGGUUCUAGUUUUCUCAAAGAAGAGGAGGAGGAUGAUCAGGCAGGCAGCAUUCACAAUCUACCAGUUGUGACAUCCCAAAGGCCAUUUUAUGAUGGUCCUAUGCCAACGCCCCGGCAAAAGCCAUUCCAGUCAGGUUCUACACCCUUGCAUCUCACUCACAGAUUCAUGGUGUGGAACUCUAUUGGAAUUAUUCGCUGCUAUAAUGAUGAGCAAGACAAUGCCAUAGAUGUGGAGUUCCAUGAUACCUCCAUACACCAUGCAACACACUUAGCAAACACUUUGAAUUAUACAGUAGCAGAUCUUUCCCAUGAAGCUGUUUUGUUGGCAUGUGAAAGCACUGAUGAACUAGCAAGCAAGCUUCACUGCCUGCACUUUAGUUCAUGGGAUUCAAGCAAAGAGUGGAUAGUAGACAUGCCUCAGAAUGAAAAUAUUGAAGCCAUAUGUCUUGGUCAGGGAUGGGCUGCUGCUGCCACUAGUGCCUUGCUCCUUCGCUUGUUUACCAUUGGAGGUGUUCAGAAAGAGGUCUUCAGUCUCCCUGGGCCUGUUGUGUCAGUGGCAGGACAUGGAGAACAGCUUGUCAUUGUUUAUCACAGAGGUACAGGAUUUGAUGGGGAUCAGUGCCUUGGAGUUCAACUGCUGGAGCUGGGGAAAAAGAAAAAACAAAUUUUACAUGGUGAUCCUCUUCCUCUUACAAGGAAAUCCUACCUUGUAUGGCUUGGCUUUUCAGCUGAAGGUACCCCAUUUUAUGUGGAUUCAGAAGGCAUUGUUCGAAUGCUUAACAGAGGACUUGGUCAUACAUGGACUCCUGUAUGUAACACAAGAGAGCACUGCAAAGGAAAAUCUGAUCACUACUGGGUGGUUGGUAUCCAUGAAAAUCCGCAGCAACUGAGGUGUAUUCCUUGCAAAGGUUCUCGAUUUCCUCCCACCCUUCCACGCCCUGCUGUAGCUGUAUUACCCUUUAAGCUUCCUUACUGUCAGACUGCCACAGAGAAAGGACAAAUGGAGGAACAGUACUGGCGUUCAGUUAUGUUUCACAACCACCUUGAUUAUUUAGCUAAAAAUGGUUAUGAAUAUGAAGAGAGCACUAAAAAUCAAGCAAUAAAAGAACAACAGGAACUUUUAAUGAAAAUGCUUGCGCUUUCUUGUAAACUGGAGCGGGAAUUUCGUUGUGUGGAACUUGCUGAUCUAAUGACUCAAAAUGCUGUGAAUUUAGCCAUUAAGUAUGCUUCUCGUUCUCGGAGAUUAAUAUUGGCCCAGAGACUUAGUGAACUGGCUGUAGAGAAAGCAGCGGAAUCGGCAGCCGCCCAAGCUAAAGAAGAGGAAGAAGAAGAGGAUUUCAGAAAAAAGUUGAACGUUGGUUACAGUAAUACUCCUACAGAGUGGAGUCAGCCAAGGCUCAGAAAUCAAGUUGAAGAAGAUUCAGAGGAUACCGGAGAAGCUGAUGAUACAGAAGAAAAACCAGAAAUACAUCAACAUGGAGAAAACCCAUUUUUCAAAAGUGUGAAUUCCUCUGAUAUGCCAGCUAUUAAGUCAGGUGCAGUUACCUCUAGCAACCAAGGACGAAUAAACCCCUUCAAGGUAUCAGGCAAUUCCAAAGAGCCAUCCAUUUCAGUGAAUUCAGUACGUUCAGCUAAUAUUUUAGACAAUAUGAACAAAUCAUCCAAGAAAUCUACUGCACUUAAUCGAGCUACAAAUUAUGAAAAGUCUCCAGUUAUAAAGCCUCUGGUUCCAAAGCCAAAGUCUAAGCAGGCAUCUGCAGCAUCCUUUUUCCGGAAAAGAACUUCCCAGGCUGAUAGGACUGAGGAAGUAAAAGAAGAAAAUCCUAAAAAUCCAUCAUCUGAAACCCCAGCUAUGUGUCCUCAAAAGACUGAAAAUCAAAGGCCAAAGACCGGGUUCCAGAUGUGGCUGGAAGAAAACAGAUGUAAUAUUUUGUCUGACAACCCUGACUUUUCAGAUGAAGCAGACAUAAUAAAAGAAGGAAUGGUUCGAUUUAGAGUAUUGUCGACUGAAGAAAGGAAGGCAUGGGCUGCCAAGGCCAAAGGAGGAACUGCAAGUGAUGGAGCUGAAGAAAAGAAACGAAAACGUGUGUUCGAUGAUAGUCACGAAACUGAAAACCAGAAAGAAAAAACGAAGGAGAAUCUGAAUUUGCCUAAAAAGCAAAAGGCUUUAGAUCUUUCUACGAAUCAGAAACUGUCAGCUUUUGCAUUUAAUCAGGAAUAGAGUAAGGAAGUGUACUUAGGAAAGUAAUGGAUUUUUUACUCAUCUUUGAUGAAUCUAGACCUUUAAAAAAAAUCUUUAGGAAACUCUUUAUAUAUUUUUUAAAGAGUUUAAAGACUGCUGUUUGUCUUUAUAAGAUACUGUAGUAAUUAUAUUGGUGUAGGUAGCAGGGCAUCUGUAAAAACUAUCAUCUUUUCAGAUUGCUCUGCCCCCAAAUGGAGGGCCAUUCAGAAGCAUUGUGGUCAUGGUCACUGACUGGAGGCCACUGUCAUGUCCCAUUGGAAGCUGAUCUGGUUUUGUUUCUUACCUUAAAAAUCAUCAAAGCCAAGGUCUUAAAACCUCUGAACAUUGAAGUACCUUGCAGGGUUUUCCUUGUUUGGUUCAUGUCGUGUACUGGGAAGUACUACAGAAGUCCUUCCCAGAGACUCUGCUCUCUAUGUCUAUACUGGCCCCAGGGGACUGGGCCCUAAACAUGUAAAUAAUUUUGUAGAUGAGACCUUUUGUUUGUUUUGGCAGUUUCUUCAUAUAUUACCUUUAAUUAUUUGUGUAGCCUUUUUAUUUUUUAAAAUAAAACUUUCCCAUUUCCAUAUUUAGCU